ACGUCUAUUAAAGCUUUUAAGGCUGAAGAGACUCGGGCCAGAUUAUGAUCGCAGUUGUUAACAUACAGACUGCUACGCAGUAUGUGGGACAACAAAAUGGAGAAAUAACAACGAAACAAUCCGACAAUAUACAUUUAUUUCCCUAACUCAUCGACGGCAGGUCACUGCGCAGCCUGUUGGUGAGUGGAAUAGCUAACAUUCAUCUGCAGAUCAUGACUGAGGCAAAUUCAUCCAAGUCUCAGGUGGAUUAUGAAGACGAUUUUGAAAAGGAUCUUGACUGGCUAAUCAGUGAGGAGGGCCAAAGUGAACAGGGCUCUGACUAUGGGGACGUAGACGCAGAAAUAGACAAAGAGCUGGAGAAGGAAGAGACCCCAGUAGAAGAGAUAGGAAAUGGAAACAAGGACCAAAAACCAGACCACGUGAAAGAGGAUGAAGAAAGGUGGCCGCCUCCUAUGGUGCCGUUAGCCUAUGACAUGGAGCAGGCGAGUACAUCAUUACAUGCAGAAUCACCUUUUCCUGAGACAGAUGAGCAGACAGAUGUGGAUCAGAAGUACAUCUUGGAUAAAAUCGAGCAGGCCAACAAGGAACUAGAGGAACAAGACACGCCAGAUAUGACGAGACAGAGACGGCUUCAGUUUAAAGACACACUGGUGGACCUGGUGGUGCCCCCACCCCUCUCAGAUAGCUACUCCGAUGACACUGAUGAAGAAAAGGAGAGAGCCUUGAUUGCAGGUGCAACAUCGGUGGUGUCAGGGAUGUUGUCCAACUUAAUCAUUGACUCUAGCGGACAAAUUAGCAGCAAGGACAGAGCCAGCAAGGAAUUCAGAAGAUCUAGUGUUGAAGGACUUCAGGAAACUAAGGAGAGUAAAGUGCUUGUGGAAAAAGAUGGUAAGUUUGACCUUGUUAGUAUGAAGGAUAUGGAGAGCCAGAGUCUGCUCCCUCCAAUAUUAAAUAAUGUAGGUAAUGGUACACAGACGUCUGCUCACCUCCAACCCUCCUUUCAACUGGGCACUGAUCAACUUAAAGCGCCGCGACCUCCGACUCGGCCCAAGGCCAGACCCAAUUCGGCCAGACCCAAUUCGGCCAGACCCAAUUCGGCCAGCCAAGGCCAGAGAUUUGUUCUGAUGAGAAACGGCAAGAGGCGAGUGCAGUCUGCGACAGGAACUCCUUCCAAGGCGACCUUUGCUCUCUCUCUGCAGCAAAAAGACCUGUUGCAGAAGAUGAAGGAGAAGAAGGAGAGGCUUGCCAGAGAGGCAGAGCAGAAGAAGCGUGAGGAAGAGGAGCUAAAGAAACAGGAGAACGAGCAGGCCUUCAAGUCGUGGUUGAUUAGGAAAAGAGAACAGAUUUUUGAGGAGAGAAAGAUUCAUCAUGCCAAGGAGAUAGAGAGGAUGAAUGCGAAGAGAGACGUCUAUGACCCAGAGGAGGCCUACAGGUCGUGGCUUCAGAAGAAAAAGGAGCAGGUGCAGAAAGAGAGACAGGUUGUGGAGCUCAGGAAACUUGAGGAGGAGUGUAACUGCCUAAUGCACAGCCGCCAGGAGUGUGACCGUGCCUUCAAUCUGUGGCUGAAGCAGAAACGGGAUGAAAAGCGAGCACAGCAGCUGUUAAACAUAGAGCAGUCCCGCAGGAUGGCGGUGGAUGUGCGGCGUGCGCGCCGUAUGAAUGAGCUGCUCUGUGCCGUCAAUGCAUCCAGACCCUUCCAGUUCACGGAUGACUCCGCCUACCGCUACUGAGGCAAGCAAGUGCCGCACACCCUCCUAGUUCAUACGCAACAUCUAGCGCUUAUUAAAAAUUGCAACUGAAAUUGA